UGGCAAGUGGUUCAACUCAAAUCAUCUGACCUUUUUAAGGAGAUUCACUUAUAACAAGUCCUUGUGAGGAGCAGCGCACACUGUGGCCAACAAUUGAAGAUGUCUCUUCCGUUGUCAGUGGUGAUAUGUCUGUCAGCUAUCCAGCUGUGUAUGGGAGAUCAGCCUGUGGAGGAAGUCAUCACAACAAAAAAAGUACCUCUAUUGGGCGGCUGGUUUGAACGGAGUCCAGACUCAGCUGAGGUUCAGGAGGCAACUCAAUAUGCUGUGAAGAUGUUCAACACACACUCCAAGGGCAAGAAAAUUUUCAAACUGGUCACCAUCACCGCUGCUCAGAGUCAGGUGACCAGCAUGAUCAACUUCAAGAUUGAUGCCAUCAUGGCAAAAACCAAGUGUCUCAAGAGUGAAAAUCAUGACUUGGACAGCUGCAGUCUUGAGAAGAAGCAUCUGAAGUGCCACUUUGAGGUGACUUGGAACCCCCGCAACAACAAACAUGAGCUGCAGAGACACAAGUGCAGGAAACUAGUGGAGAAGGUCUAACUCUUUAAAAGGCUUAACUGUAUUUCUCUGCAUUCUUUUUUAUACAAUGUUGAUGAGUUUUUUUUAUGAACACAUGUUUUAUAGCUCAUUUAAAGUGGUGGAGGGUUUUGGUAGAGGAUGAUUAAUGAACAAAUAAAAUGUAUUUGGAAAAGGUGAAGAACACAUGAUUUGUUAAUGGUAUAUUGGAUGGUUGAAUUUUUA